AUGGCUAUCUCCUCUGACUUAUCUUCCCCUUACUUCUACGUAUAUCUCCCCUUCAUUAAGGACAUAAGGAUUUGUCUUCUUUCCUCUUCUCUUGAAGCGAAAGUUAUGAGAGUUCUUAAUAUUGCGCCUUCUCAGCUGGCACCCAACAGGGACCAAAAGGCAUGCCAAAAAUCCAAAAUUCAGACUCACCAAGAGCCAAAGCCCAUAAACAUGAAGGAAAUGCAGGGGAAGAGUUCUUAUUCCUACUCUGAGAAGGUUGGCAUCAAGAAGUAUCCAAGUGGUAAGGCUAUGUCUCUCAAGUCUUCUUUAUGGAGUGACUUUUGUUUUGACAUUGUUAAGUUCAUCAACUCUCACCUCUUCUUCUCUGAAGAGUUUCCUUGUGACUGCAAGUCUCUCAACACCAAGCCAUCUCCCAAACUAUCUGACAUGAAGGAUAAUCACUUGCUAAGGGGGUUGAUGUUGAAACCGUUUGACAUGGAGAAGCGAUACCAUGUCAAGAAUGAGUUAAAGCAAAGCUCAAGUGUUAUGAAGAGAGUUAUGCUAAGAUACAUGGACUACUUGAGCCUUUGCAAAGGGAGAAGAAGUCCUGGGAAACUAAGCUGGCCAAGGAUUUGGAGGGCGGGGUGUCGGAGCUUAAGGAUGACUUGGUGGAAAACUAUGACACCUAGUUUAGGUGUGCGAAGGAAUAUGCAUCCUUUUCUACCCUUCAUAAGCCUGAGCAUGUUGGAUAUAUUCAAGGUUAUCCAUAAUGGACAUCUAGUGUAUGAGGACACGACAUCCCCUUUAGGGCACCAAGGAUCUCACUCACCUACAUGCUCUUAA